CCUAGAGGGCAGAAUAUAAACAGUCUACCUGGGUUAAAGUAAAUUAAAGGAAGGAGAGGUUUUUAUUCUGUGAUUGUAUCAAAUUGAUUCAUGGGUAUUGCUUUUAUAUAUAUGUAUGUAUGUAUGUAUAUAUAUAUAUAUAUAUAUAUGUAUGUAACUGAGCUACAGGUUUGGUGACGGGUAUGAGCAAUUAAUAACUUGAAUGUCCAUUUACAGAAUUUAUUUUCGAAUUCCGUUUAAACCUAACUUGAAUAGUUACAUUGCAAUCGCCUUAUGUUUUGAGGACAUUUUAGGGCAAAAAAUUAAAAAUGAGUGCAAGUGGACCAGCAAUUGAGCUAAAUGGAAUCACACCUUUCCAGCAAAUGGUGGCCUCCUGUUCAGGAGCUUUGCUGACUUCAUUGUUUGUUACACCCUUAGAUGUUGUGAAAAUAAGACUCCAGGCACAAAGCAGUCCAUUUCGUAAAGGGAAAUGUUUUGUAUAUUGCAAUGGACUGAUGGACCAUAUAUGUGUCUGUGAAAAUGGAAACACCAAAGCCUGGUACAAAGCACCUGGGCAAUUCAAAGGGACUCUGGAUGCGUUUGUUAAAAUCAUUCGUAAUGAAGGUCUGAAGUCAUUGUGGAGCGGGCUCCCACCAACUCUAGUUAUGGCAGUGCCGGCUACAGUUAUUUAUUUCACAUGCUAUGAUCAGCUUUGUGCCUUUUUGAAGCGCAGCCUUGGAAGUAGUGCUGACAAAGCACCACUUUUAGCUGGAGCUUUAGCUCGAGUGGGUUCAGCAACCGUCAUAAGUCCUUUGGAAUUAGUGAGGACCAAGAUGCAGUCUCAGAAGCUGUCUUACAGGGAGCUACAUGUUUGUGUCCAGUCUUCUGUGGCUAAAGAUGGCUGGCUGGCCCUUUGGAAGGGCUUGGGUCCGACUCUCCUCAGAGAUGUGCCCUUCUCGGCGAUGUACUGGUAUAACUAUGAGCAGGGCAAGAAGUGGCUGUGUGAGAAGUAUGGCACGAGAGAGCCAACAUUCAUGAUCACAUUUACAUCGGGAGCAGUGUCAGGCUCUAUUGCUGCUGUAGCUACUUUGCCAUUUGAUGUGGUAAAAACUCGAAGACAGAUUGAACUUGGGGAGCUGGAAGUUUUGAAUAUAUCUCCAAAGAAAUCAACCUCAACUUUUCACAUCAUGGGAAGAAUCAUUACUGAAAAUGGCAUGUCUGGAUUAUUUGCAGGAUUCUUGCCUCGGUUGAUCAAAGUUGCUCCAGCUUGUGCUGUGAUGAUCAGCACAUAUGAAAUUGGAAAGUCAUUUUUCCGCAAACUUAACGCUGAUAGGGAACUUCAAAAAUCAUCAGAGCACAACUUCACUUCAAAAUAAUCUAUCACUUUUGGAGGAUGACAUAGCUGGAUAAUUUGGGAUUCCACAGUGAUUCAGAGCACCUAGUUGAUACAUAUCAUGAAAAUUGCACAUCACAAAAUGAUUUAUUUUAAAAUAACACAGAGUAUUUGUUUUCUAAUCCCGGCACAACUGAAAUUGUUUGUUUCUAUACAUUGCUGUCGGUGGGGGGGUGAGGGAAUUGUUGUCAAAGAAGAAUGAUGAAGAUAAUGGUCAUUUUUUUCAAGGUAAACCUUACAAAUAUCUACAGCUAUAUUAAUUACUGUAUGAAUGAGAACUACACACAAACAUAGCUAGUUUAUCGCAUGCGAUGGAGGGGUGAACUCAAAUGUAGAUGUGAAGACAAUUUCAAACUUUUAGAACAUUUCUGAUAAACAGCACUAUGUUGUCAGCAUUCAGCUAUGGGAUUCUAAUCUCUGUACCUGGUACUAUGUAGAAAAACUAACUCCCCAUUGUGGCAUGUUCUACAGUAUAUUGACAGUGAAUGCUAAUAUUAUUUAUAUGUUUUUAAAGAUGAGUGUUCAUUAAUUCCA